CCGUCCCGGUCAUUCGAAUGAUAACCUAAAUAUUUAUACACUAAAUUUAUUUCGCAACAGAGCGCCUUUUAGUUGGUAGCAAAAUUAAGUUUUGAUUUAUUUACAAUAAUUAACGUAGAGUGUUAUGAUUAGUAGUAGUCAACAAUGCCGAAAAUAAUUGAAAACUCGAGGAAAAAGGAGGGUGAUAACACUGGGGCCCUUGAAAAUUCAAUUUCCAGUAAAAGUAUCAACAGAUGUGAGAUGAUAUUGUCAAUGGAAGACGCCGUUUCUACCGAAGAUAAUUACAUACUUGGCAUUUGUGGAACUCAGAGUGAACCCGAAUUCCGCAUUUGUGCCGCGCUGUCCGAUUACACGUGCGUUGUUUACAAUGUCGGCGAACAGUUAUCAAAAAUGAUAACACUGGAUCACAACACAUCGCCAAUUGUCGGCGCUAAAUUUUGCCAUGGUUCGAAAAAUAUUCUUUACACUGCUACCAAACAUGGAAGCAUUUCUGCAUGUGAUUUAAGAGCCAAAGGAAAGACUGUCGCUGAACUAAAAGAUAACUCGUCAGAGGGAAAAUUGAAACCGUUGGCAAGUUUCGACAUCAGCUGUGACGACAGGCUCGUCGCUGCUGGUACUGAACACAUCGGCGGAGACGCGUUCAUCCUCUUCUGGGACAUCAGAUACAACAACUCAAAGUUUGACAGCAGGAACAAUUUACUUGGUGGCUACUGGGAGUCUCACAUGGACGACGUCACCUCCCUGGCUUUCCAUUCCGUCAAAGAAGACGUUCUCGCUUCGGGAAGUACUGAUGGGCUAAUAAAUGUUUUCGAUUUAACCCAAACCACCGAAGACUCUGCGCUCAAUCAUUCGCUCAAUACUGAGUCCUCCGUGGACAGGGUAGGGUGGCUAGAUGACGGUAACCUCUGGUGUACAACUCAUACUCAUUCGCUACAGAUGUGGAGAUGUGAAGAUGCGUCGCCUUUUGUUAAAUAUGAUCGCAGCUGUAUCGCUAAUUUUUUGAAUGAAGAUCCAGAUGUUUGUUACCUUGUUAAUAUGCACAAAGCUGAUUCAAUAGAAAAUCCAUUUUUAUUAACCGGUUUAAGUUCAAUCAAAGGAGAGAAUUUCUCCGGACUUAUGGUAAAUGACGAUGGUUUAGAAGUAUGCUAUGAUUUCAUAGGAAACAAACAAAUCGUCCGCGACAGCUGGCUGCAUACCAAGAGCGGGUGUUUGGUAACCGGAGGCGAGAGCAGUAUUUUGAACGUAUGGAAGCCCAGUCCCGAGUCACUCUUGAUUCAGCGGCACUCAGACCGGAAGUCUGUCGCCAAAUCAAACGGCAAAGCCCGCGACAAGCACAGGACCAAGCCGUACUAAUUACACAAUAAAAUAUAAAUUUUUAAAUCGCCAUUAAAUUUGUACAAUUUUUUAUAUUCCAUUGAGUGGAUCUUUAUAUAUUUAAUAAUAAUAAAUUCAUUAAUUUGUGUAUUAUCUUUAUUUUUAUUACAAUAACAGUUUUAUUUACAUUUAUAAUAAAUAUUAUAUUUAUUUUAUAUCCUUCCUUUUUUUUGAGGCAGCUACUUAAUUAUUCAUCGAUGAAUUAGUGAAUGAUAUAUAUAUAUAUAUAUAUAGAUA